AUGUCUACUAGACCUCAAGUUACUGUUAUCUCCGUCGAGGGAAAACCAUCUUCUACCUCUUUGCCUUUGCCAGCUGUCUUCAAGGCUCCUAUCCGUGGUGACAUUGUUCAAUCUGUUUUCACCAGAAUUAACAAGAACAAACGUCAGGCUUACGCCGUCUCUGAGAAGGCCGGUCACCAAACUUCUGCUGAGUCAUGGGGUACUGGUAGAGCCGUUGCCCGUAUUCCAAGAGUUGGAGGUGGAGGAACCCACCGUUCAGGUCAAGGUGCCUUCGGUAACAUGUGUCGUGGAGGACGUAUGUUCGCUCCAACCAAGAUCUGGAGAAAAUGGCACGUAAGAGUCAACUUGAACGAAAAGCGUUACGCUACCGCUUCCGCUAUUGCUGCCACUUCCGUUCAAUCCUUGGUUCUGGCCAGAGGUCACAGAAUUGAGCAAAUUGCUGAGAUCCCAUUGGUUGUCUCUAACGAUUUGGAGGCUAUUCAGAAGACCAAGGACGCCAUUGCUGCUUUGAAGGCUCUUGGUGCUUCCGACGACUUAAUCAGAGUUAUCAAGUCCAAGAAGUUGAGAGCUGGUAAGGGUAAAUACAGAAACAGAAGAUUCACCCAAAGAAGAGGUCCUCUUAUUGUCUUCAACGAGGACAAGGGUUUGGUCAAGGCUUUGAGAAACAUUCCAGGUGUUGAGACCUGUAAUGUUAGAACCUUGGGUCUUUUGCAAUUGGCCCCAGGUGCUCACUUGGGUAGAUUCGUCAUCUGGACCGAGUCUGCUUUCGCUGCCCUGGACUCUGUCUACGGUUCCGAGACCACUGAAUCUGUCAAGUCUAACUACAGUUUGCCAAAGAACAUCAUCACCAACACUGAUAUCUCCAGUGUCAUCAACUCUGCUGAGGUUCAAGCUGCCAUCAGACCAUCUCUUGCCGGUAAGCCAACUCACUUGCACGUCAAGAAGGUCAACCCUCUUAAGAACCACGAGGUUAUGCUCAAGCUUAACCCUUACGCCAAGGUUCUCGCUGAGAAGAAAUAA